AGUCUUGCCCCGUGUAGCCUCUAGAAAGUUGAGAAUUCGUCGGGGAAUUCGUAUUUUUACAUGUAUAGAAUAUGAAAUAGCAAGGUGUAAUUAGUUUGUAUUCAAUUCCACAUGCAACCUCAAACAGACAACAGCAAUGCCCGGGCAGCAAUGCAAACAGAGAUCAGUGGUGCGGUCCGUACUGGAGUUGGACCGGACUUCGAAGCGACAACUCGAACUCCACGUUUAUUGUUUGACGAAUGAAUGAACACGUAUCACCAAGACCAAGAUUCGAUUGUCCAGUGAUUUCUCUGCCCUCUGCCAGCCUUUGGAGAUGCACAGACUACUUCUCAAAGCCUUGUAUUUCUUCAUCACAUGUACUUUUCAUAAUAUUUAAAGAAAAAAGACACGAAGAAAGUGCUGCUUAGUGUCUAUAAUUUCUCACAAAACGCAGCUUUUACCACUUUUAUGUUAUCGUGUUUACCGAAUUGCAAGAACUCUGCGAUGUCUUACGUAGACAGUUCUGACGAGUCGUUCGACUACCUCUUCAAAAUAGUCCUUAUCGGUGACGCAGGAGUAGGAAAAACAUGUGUAGUCCAACGAUUCAAGUCUGGAACAUUUUUAGAGAAACAGCAUAGCACGAUUGGAGUUGAUUUUACAAUGAAAACCCUAAAUAUUGAUGGCAAGAAAGUGAAGCUUCAAGUGUGGGAUACUGCUGGACAGGAACGAUUCCGUACAAUAACACAGAGCUACUACCGAAGUGCAAAUGGGGUCAUCAUCGCCUAUGACAUCACAAAGAAAGAGACAUUCUGCAAUGUACCUCGGUGGAUAGAAGAUGUCCAAAAAUAUGCUGGAGGCAGUGUUAUCUGUAUAUUGUUAGGCAAUAAGAAAGACUUGGAGCAUAUAAGAGAAGUAGACUAUGAGGAUGCCAAGGCUUUGGCCACCCAUCAUGGUAUGCUGGGAUGUAUAGAAGUCUCUGCUAAGGACUCCACCAACAUUGAUGAAACCUUUGGGAAACUGGGCCAGGAACUCAAACGUCGUCAUGGCGGAGAAUCCUCCCUAGCAACAGGGGAAACCAGUAAGCUUUCUCUCAACACAAGACGAGUGGAUGGAUGGAAUUGUUGUGGAUAGCAGCGUUCUACCUCUCUCCUUUUUUAGAUUAGAAAGAACACACUCCGUUGCCUAGUCCAAGGCACUUCUUUCUAAAUUUUUGUACAUUGAUUAAAAAGAAAUAUAUAUAUAUUUAAUGAUUAUUUUAUUGAAUUUUUUGUCCAUGUUACUUUGACCUGUGUAUGGUUCAUGCUAUCCCUAUGCCCUAGAUGAGGUUAGUAGAAAUGUGUGAAUUGUUCAACAGUUUUCACAAAUUGAUGCAGUCUUUGUUGAAUGUCAACUGUUUUUCCUAUGAAAUUGUUUUGCACUUCUUAACAAGAAGUGUAACAUUUAGAAUUAUGUUGUAAUAGUGCUUCCAAAUCAUGAUCAGACUCUCUUCAAACAGUAAUAUCAGGUCAACAUAAAGUGAGCGUGUGUGAGAGAGAGCAUGAAAGAGAAUCAGUGAUUGCUUGCAUCUACUCAAAAUAGUUGAGGUGAUUCAUUGUUAUCCAAAAUCAAUUUCUUGAAAACUGUAGACCAAUCAAAUUCUCAGAAAAUUGACAAAUUGAUUUUAACUGUGAGUAAGUCACUACCUUUGACCAUUCUUCCAAAGAGUUGUGAUGGAUUUAAAUCAAAAUCCAACUGAGAUUAGUCUCAAAAUUGAAUUUGAUUUGCAUCUAUCCCAACCCUUUGUAAGCUCGGGCCAUGGUAUAAAUUAUUCAAAUUUUUGGCAAAGAAUUGAAAUGCAUCAAAAUUACCCCAACUACUGAUACCAGUUUCAAGAGUUGAAAACUACAUCUUGCAAUAAGUAUCUUGAGGUCAAAAUUACUCAAGUUUCAAUUUAGUAUUCGUACUCUCACAGGGUAGGCAAUUGUUGAUUUUAUUCUUGAGAUUGGAAUUAUAGGGAAACUAAUAUUGAAAAUUUGAGAUUCAUUCGCACCUCAUACUUCCUAGCCAAUGAUUUGUGUCCUGGUCAUCAUUUAAUGUAAAUGAUUAUAGCUACACAUAUUGCAUGUCAAGCAAGAGCUUGACUUUACAAAAUGUAUUAUUUCACUUUUGCUGAAAUUGCUUGACAGGGUAACCACAAUGAAUUCAUUAAGUGUCACUGGUAGUUGAAACUUGGUUGCUAUUGAGGUGCCAAAAAUAGACUGAAAUGUAAUGUUGUUUUGGUUAUUGCUUCAUAUACAUGACUGACUGAUUUUAAUGAGCAAAAGUUUCUUCAGCAUCUAGUACCAUUUAAAAUUUGAUCACUAUUAUAGAUCAAUAUCUUAGGAACAUUAUUUACUUUUAUGUCAGACAAUAGAAUAGGACAGAUUUGUAUGAUGCUCUCUUUCAUACUCUUUUGUCACUAAAAGAGAGAUAUAAAUCAUUUUGAAAUAUGAAUUUGGAUAAUAAUUCAGUGAAAUAAACUCCGGAUGGUGUUUCAUAAAACUGUUUUCUGCACAACUUUACAUGACUCUUAACCUUUUUUCUUGUGCUAAAUAAAAUAUUCAUGUUUUUCUGUUUUGACAUUUUGAGGGUGCAUUUCGUAUAGUCCAGUCCAGAUCAUUGAGUAUUUGUUACAACACAUUUUCCUCCUAAUAAAGCAAUUUACGAUUACUCUACUAGAUACAGUUUACAUGUUGGAGACUGAUAACAUUUCAAAAGAGACAGAGUAAGCAAUAAAAAUAGGGAUAAUUCUAAUCAAAUUUUGAAAAAUUUAUGUAAAUUAUUGAAUGUGAUGCCACAUCUAAGAACAGAUCAACAGUCGUGUGUAUAGUCAUGCAUAACUUUCUAAACAGCUAUAAGAAACAUAUUCCAGAAACACUGCUUUUGUUGAAACUCAAGAUUUUUUUUUAAAUGAAUGUUACAAUUGUAUAUUUGUGUAAUUUCCUCUAGUUGCUAAAUUGUGAUUGAUAUUGAUAGUUUGCAUAAUUAUUCCUUUUUAUUUUGCCUUCAUUGCAUUCACUGAUCUGUGCUAAUUGAAAACAAACUUAUUCUCUUCAUGUAAAUCGUAGUUAAAAGACAUGUUUUAAAAAUGUUUGGCAGUGUCAACAUGUAAGAAAUGGCUUGUUAAUCAUAUUAAUGGUAUAAUAUACUGAAUAUAGUCAUAUGAGCCAGAAUCUAUUUAUAGUUGAUUAAUCAUGUUCUAUUGUUUGCGUGUGCUAACAUUUGUAUCAUUUUAUCAUUCCCAUUUGUAAAAGGAAGUUUAUGUAUACAAUUUUAAUGAUUGAUUAAUUUUGUAGUACUUAAUUGUUAGUGAUUCAUGAAAAUGUUUUACAUUGACCAUCUUCACAUAUCUAAUUAUCUUUAGGAUAUUGCUUGCCAAGAGUUUGGUUCAUGACAGGGUUUUAUUUUUACAUGUAAGCCUACCCAACAUUUUUAAUAAAAUAUAUAAUGAUUUCAAAAUUUCAAACAUUACUGAUGGAUUAAAUACUUUUUCUUUCUCCUCAAAGCUCCAUUUAUUUUCUUAGGAGUUAUUUGUGGUCUAUAACUAUAAAUGGCAAGUAAUUUAAAUUUAGAUUAGUUGUUGUUGUUGAGUGUCCCAGCUGACUAAAACUUUGUAAUAUUAUUGCUCAGAUUGUUAGGGCAACUCCUGUCAAGGAUCUAUGAGAUUACUCACUUCUACAAAGUAUGAUACACUUGAUCAGGAUCCCUUAUAAUGGAACCUUGUUAUCCAGGUACAAACCUUUGAGAAUUACAGAAUUCUGGAGUUGACAGGGAACUUGCAGUACAAACCUGUUAAAAAACCCCAGCCAUUUAGUAUGAUUUUAUAAUUAUUCACUGGUUUUGAACAAGGUUGCACCAUAUACAGGUUGAUGAUAGAGAUACCAGAUAGAUCUCCAUGAUUUGAUAGUGAUGGGAUUUGGUAGUGUACAGUUGAAUUUCCAUUUGCUUAGAGAUGAAACCAUUAGAAAUGAACUUAAGUUGAAGAUGGACUUCCCUAAAACCAAAUAUAGAAAUAAAACUGGUAGAUUCAUAGCAAUAGUUGAGUAGCUUCUUUAUUCUACCUUGAUUGAACAUUUCAGCAUGUUGCCUUCUCUCGAUAUUGUGACAUUUUCUUGGUAAAUUUUCCUUGCUCAGGUAUUCAAUAUUGUGAUUGUACAGAUGUUGAUUGGUUCAUCUUGUGAUUUAUCAUUUGUGAGUAAAUAAUUUCAAGUUCUGUACUGUUUUAUGCUUUAUUGUAAAACCCUUUUAUGGCAGCAGUCUUGAGGUUUGUGGUUUACAGGUAAUAAUUUUCCUGGUAUCGCAUCGCAAUUUACUCCACAUUUUUGAAACUACCUUCUGUCAUGCAAGGGUUGUAAUAUACAAUUCAACCUUUGUAUUAAAAAUCUACUAAGCUGUGCCAUUAAAUGAUAGAAUUUUUUUUCAAGAAAGUUAGCAGAGUGCAGAAUGCAUAAUCCAGUGGCAAUGUAUGAGUUUAUUGUAAUUUUGAAACAUAAUAAUUUGUCUUCACUUCUGUUCAUGACAAGUUAUCCAUUAUAUACUGUAACUUUAAUUAAUUUGUGUGAGGAUCAAGACAUCUCUUUUUUUUAAAUCUUCACAUGUAUUUUGCUUUUACUUCUUAUACGUCUCAGAAAAUGUGGAUUUCAUAUCACGUAUUGAUUUUUUUUUUAUAUUGAACUUUUAAUGAAUAGAUGAGUAGACAAGUCUAGAAUGUGGAAGUAUGUGACAAUUCUUACAGUCUACCAGCUAUUUAUAUGAUGCAAUUAUGUUUAACAGUGAUAUUCCAACAUGCUUUACUGAGAUCUUUUUGAUUUGGCGAACAAUGGUACAAAAUUACAUAAGUUUGAAGUGAAGUGAUAAACCCAGUUUAAACCUGAUGUAAAUAUUUUCCUAAUAUUGAACACAAUAUGAUAGUUUGAAUUGGUGAUUUAUUUAAUAGCAAAUUUAUUGCUAUCAUACAUGUAUCAUUUCCUCCAAGUAAUGAAGCUCAUGAAUAAAUCAUGAGCUUUCUUACUCAUUUUAAACUCGCCUUUGCUAUAACAAAAAAAAGUCAUCUGAAUGUCUAUUCCGCAUUGUUGUAAAUGUGAUGUGUGACAUUUGCUCGUAUACAGUUAUUUCAAAGGUUAUGAAAAAUAAUAUUGUGUGAAAAUCUGAUGUAGAUAAUAAGGCUGAAUACUUGAAUCUGUAUAAUGUGUACAGUCUUGCCAGUAAAUAGUUGAUAUUCUAUGAUUCAGGUGGGCAUUACAGGUUUUUGCAGUUUUUUUCUCAAAUGAUAUCUUAAGUCAAAAGCAGUGAUAUGAUAUUUAUUAAAAGUAACAUGUUUCAAAGUGGAACAAACUGUGGAAAAUGGAGACAAAGCAUUGAAAAAAAAUCCUCUGAUGUUGGUCUUUACUUUGGAUAUAAUUACUUUCCAUAGGUCAACUUAUCCUUUUUUCCUAUGGAUUCAUCUCUUGUAAAAUGAAUUGGGUUUUGAAGUUCAGACGCAUAUUGUGUUGUCAGUACUAUGUACAUGUAGUAUGGCAGAAUGUUGAUGUAGAUUCAUUUAUACAUGUAAAGACAUAAACUUGAAUUAAACCAAGGCUACUGAAACGUUUGUGUUAUAGAUAAAAAAAACAAAAACAGGCUACUGAAAUGCUUGUUAUAGAUUUAAAAAAAAACAGAUACAAAAAGCACAACUACAUUGCAUGUUAGAUUUUGUCUUCCAGUUUUAUAGGCUUUUACAUAUGAAUGAAAACACACACACACAAAAUGUUUGUCAUCAUACCCUGUUAUAAGAGAAUGUGUAAGAAUCUGUAAUGUAUUCUAUGCCACAAUUAUUCUAGAUUGUGUUUCUGUCAUUGUUUAUACAUGUAUUUUGGUAUUUCAACAUUUAUUCUUAUUUUGCAUUCUAAACAAAAUGUAUCUGGUAUAUGUGUAGUAACGCUUUUAAAGUAUUUACUUCAUUGUAAACACCACAAGGCCCGUAUUCUGAUAGCAGGUUUAGCUUAAACCCAGGUUUAAAGUUGUGGUUUAAGUAUGGAUAGCCAAUUGUUACAUAAAUCACUAACAGUAGAGAUAUCAUACUUCAGCUCAUUUAGCUCUCAAAUCAUUCAGAAUUGUCUAGGAAGUAUAAAUAGAUAAUUGUCUUCACCAUCGAUGAAUCAGGAAAGAGCAAAGUAAACAUAAGAAACAUACAACUUAAUAAAAAAUUUGAUACUUUUGGCUUCCCAUACUUAAACCACAACUUUAAACCUGAGUUUAAGUUAAACUUGCUAUCAGAAUACAGGCCCAAGUGUGAAUACUUAAAUUCAUUCAUACUUCUAUAAUUUUUUUCCCCGAGGGGGGGGGGGGGUGUUUUCACCUAGCUAUUACAGGGCUAUCAACUAGUGUUGUCAGCUGGUCUGAGAUUAGAAUUAAAUCCUGGCUGUCUUAGCUCCAGAACAAAAUUUAUGGUAUCAGUUUUGUGAGAACUUACUUUAGCAGAAAAAGUAUAAACUUCAUUUAGCUCUAAUUAUUUUAUAGAAAUCGAAAUUCAGCCUUGUAAUGAAUGGGACAAAAUUUCUUAUAUUUUUCUUCUUGUAAUGAUCAACUCAAAUCAUUUAGUACACAAGUCUUACUGUGCGAAUUAUUUUAUUAACUAUGGUAAAUUGACAUCAGUGGCAGAGAUGCCAACCUAAAGGGAUGGUUGUCUAGGAA